ACGUUUGACUUAUUGAUUGACGUAAUUUUGAUAUUUUUUUGACUGGCUUGUUUUCAUAAUUUUAAAAUCUUAUUUCCUCUAAAAUCUAUUUAAUACAUCUCUGGUAUAGAAAUAAAUAGCAUCAUGAUUUUUACUACUAAACCGCUUUUAGUUCUGUGCAUCCUAUCUAUUAUAAAAUCAGUGCACAGCAUCAAUUGUUACCAGUGUUUUGGUUCAGACUCGAACAACCCCUUUGAAUGUAACGAAUACUUAGAUAGUGAUAAUGAUUUAGCACCAACUGAUUGUGCCACUAUACAUGAUGCUCAGUUCUGUAUAAAACACGUUGGUCGGUUUGAAGGUCUUGCAAUAGAGUGUUACCAGUGCAACAGUUCCUCGACUAUGGAAUGUGGUGAUGGUCUCAUGCACUUAGACGGUGGCAUCUUGCAACCCACAUCUUGUGAGCAUGUCUAUGACGCUCAGUACUGCAUCAAACAGAUAGGUGGUAUAAGCACUAAGAGGUUCUGUUCCUCAUUGGAUCUGGGUAACUACUGCAACUACGUUCAACAGCCUGGUGACAAGCUGGAAUACAGGACAUGUAUCUACACCUGUAGCACAGAUGGAUGUAAUCAUGCCACCGGUGUGACGGUAUCCUUGAGCACUAUGGCUCUUGCCGCAUCACUGCUUUUACUCAAGAAUUUAUAUGCAUAAAUUCUAGCAAGGAGACAUUAUGGUUAAGCAGAGUGUUUAGACUAAGCUUUUGUGUGUACAUACGGGUUGAACUAUGCACAACUUAUGAAUAAUUGUAAUGUAAAAUGAUUCCAUUGAUUGUGUUUAUUACUAUUGUGACAUUCCAUUGUUUCCAGCUUCUGUAUAUUCUAUAUUCAAUAGACUGAUAGUAAAUGAUUAUUUUAAUAAGUACAAAGACUUGUAAUAAAUUUUAUACAUUUUACUGUUGGUUUAUUAUUGAAAAGAAACACAGUCUGCCAUUCAAACAUUUAUUGAAAAUUUGUGCUACACAAGCUAUUAUAUAAAAAUACAUAGGUAAUAAAUAUUAAACAUCGACUUAGCCAAAGUAAAAAUAUAGCUAACAUACAGAUUAAUACUUUGAUUUAAACUUAGAUACACGAAAUACAAUCAAAUCAUCGCCUUUUAGACUGGAUGUGGAAUGUAAUUUCAAAAGUUUCAUUAGUCUGAGAAAUGUGGCACUGUCUAGUUACUAGGCAAGAAAUUACGAAUAAUGCACACACGCGUUUUAUUACAUUUAUUUAAUAUAAUAAGGCUUUACAGGCGAUUCUAAUAUCUAAAACGAAUGACGCAAAUACUUAUGUUGAUAAAAAGUUCAGGUAACUUUUUUGUACAUUUAGCCAAAAGUAGAGCUUAUUGCUUGUGUCUCCUUUAUCCAUCCAGCUACCUAUAAUUAUAGUAAAAUAGAAUAUCAUAUUAUUAUAAAUGCUUGUUGACAACAGAGAGUUCAUGAGUACUUAAAAUACAUUCUAGUAUGUUGGGCACAUCACAAAAAAAUCAUAAACAAACAUGUUAUUACAAAUAACAGGUAACACUUAUAAAUCAGACUAUAAAAUAAAGAUCACGAACAAGUUGAGAAUAACAUAAUGUGCAAUAAAAAUUGUGCUUCACAGCAAACAAUAAAAAUGUCCAAAAUUGUAAAAAAAGAUUGAAUAACCCUGAUUCUCAUUGCACAAAACACCAUUUAAAAUCGUAACUAACAAAAAUAUGAUCUAACAAAAUGUUAUAAAAGUUGUCACUUAAAAUUAUAAAAUACAGCAAUGUCGUCUGUAAUCAAAUCAUAAUAUUCAUCAUGUCAUGUACUUAUCACUAUACAAUGCUACUAUCACAAAACACUACAAAAGUCCAGCAUUAGGCGAAGCGCAUGCAGUGACGCUAGCAAAGCAACCCUCGUCGUAAA